AACAUUGGAAAGCAAACAAACAAAAACAGAAAAACAACGAAACAGUUCGCGUCGGUGUAAGCACAUAACAAUAACACUGUAAUUACUACAAAUACUCCAGUUUACUACACUUCGUUUUAAAUGGGGUGCUUCGAGAGUAAAACCAAUCCCCAUCAUGAGCCGACAGCGGUUCGUGGAUGCACAGAUAUAUUUUGGUUAAUUCUGUACAUAAUCUUUUGGCUUUUUAUGAUCGUCGUCGCUAUAUUCUCCUUUGUAUACGGAAAUCCUCUUCGUUUGAUCAACGGAUACGACUCGUUCGGCAAUACGUGCGGAGUAAAAAAGAACGAAAAAUUCUCCAAUUUACAACUAUCUGGACUGAAUACCAUCGAUCGACCGAAUCUAUUUUUCCUUGAUGUAAAAGAACUGAGACAAACGCUCAAAAUUUGCGUCAAAGAAUGUCCGACACGACUUAUCAACAACAAGAACGAAUUGUACAGUUACUACCAGGACACGUCAACGUCUCUAUGCCGGUAUGACUUCAAUAUGAGCUUGCUACUGGAAGCGGACCGAAGAGAUCUCAAGUUGUUUGACUUUUUGGGUCCGUGUCCACCAUUUCCCGUUUAUGAAAGCACUCCUGUACUUCAUCGAUGUGUCCCUUCUGGCAAAAAUGCGCCUGGUGAACAGGUGAGAGAUAUGUAUGAUCUGGUCAAUUCUUGGAGCGCAGCUCAGCAGUUACUUAGUGACCUCUACAUAACAUGGCCGUUAAUUAUAUUGAUGAGUGUGGGUGCUCUACGUGAGUAUUUUAGAAAAAUGAAAUUGCAAACUCGAUCGCAAAACGUUCGUUGUACGAUUUUAGUGUUAUCAAUCGUCAUUAUCGCAUUAAUGCAUUGGCUGACGCAUUUGAUAUCCUGGUUGAUCUGUAUAUUUGUUGUCAUUGCGUCUAUCUCAAUUACCGUCAUCUUGUGGAUGACCUACUACAACAUCAAACACGAUCUGGAUGUUAACGUGACCCAUUCAUUGUUGCAAGAGUUUGUUCGAAACGAGACAGCUGUUUAUGUGUUGGCUAUUAUAGCGACAAUAAUAAUGGUGUUCCUCAUUAUCAUCAUUUUCUUCCUACGCUCCAAACUAAGUGCCUUGGCUGCCUUAUUUGAAGAGGCAAGUAAAUGUAUGUUAACUCUACCUGGACUAGCCGGACCGCCGAUUUUAGCAUUCAUAGCGCUGUCAAUAUUUUUAACAUUUUGGAUAACGGUUGUAAUUUGCUUGGCUACGGCUAACUAUCCGGGAAUGAAGCCGCUGAUUCCGUAUGCUCAACUCCAACCAGUCGAAAAUAAUGCGACAGCACCGAAAGGUAUCUUGAAGAACAACACCGGAGUGGAUUAUAAAUCAUUUCAGUUGGUCGAAUAUGUUGAGGCUGAUUGGCUGAGAAGCAUGUUAUGGUUGUACUUGAUUGGUUUAGUAUGGGUCAGCGAAUUUAUAUUUGCAUGUCAGCAAUUAGCUAUUGCUGGUGCUGUCGCGUUUUGGUAUUUCAGAAAACCAACUGAUUCCCCUAUACUGCACUCCAUUGCGAAAUUGAUAAAGUAUCACCUGGGUUCGGUUGCAAAAGGGUCCCUGUUGAUAACAAUGUUCAAAGUUCCCCGAUUGAUUUUGACUUACCUAUAUGCAAAAAUGAAGAGCGGAGCUGAUAAAGGAUCGGAAUGUGCAUCUUGCGGACUGAAGUCAUGUAUCUGCUGUUUCUGGUUUUUGGAAAAGUUCAUUCGAUACUUAAAUCACAAUGCGUACACUGUCAUUGCUAUUGAAAGCGUCAAUUUCUGUCCAGCCGCCGGAAUCGCAUGGAACGCUAUGUGGGCCAAUGCUCUACAAGUAGCUACGAUAAACGGAAUCGGUGACUUCAUUCUAUUCCUGGGAAAACUGGCUGUAGCUGCCGUUUGUGGCCUGAUCUCAAUUUUAAUACUCAGAAACCGUGAAGAUGUUCAUUUUUAUGUCAUACCGUGUGUGCUCAUUGCUGUAUUUGCAUUUUUCAUUGCUCACAUAAUACUGUCGCUGUAUGAGAUCGUUGUGGACACCCUAUUUUUGUGCGUCUGCGAAGAUCGAACAAUUAACGGUCCCAAUGGUCGAUGGAAGGAAAGUAAUUUAGCGAAAUUGCUUGGCGAAGAACCGGGCCCAGUCGAGGAACGAGUAGUUCAAACGUUAGAAUUGACACCGAUCAAUAAGCAACCAUUCAGUUCGGUGCAUGCGUAAAUCCAGCGCUUCCAAUUAAAGUCCACAAAAUUAAUCAUCGUCCAUUGUAUAAGUAUUGCACACUAAAUGGCUAAGCACAAAUAUAUCCUUGACUAUAGAUUCAAAAGAUUCUAUCAAUGUGAAAUUCGUUAAAUUAUUUUUUUCAUUUCAUUCACCUUUUUUCGCUAACAUAUUUUGUAUUUAGUAAUGUAAGACAGAAACGCAUGAUUCAUACCUCAAUUUUCAAUGUUAUAAACUACAAAGACACGAGGAUACAACCAAUCAAAAAAUCAAUAUUUUUUACUUAAAUUGUUGUGAAGAGCGCAUGAGAAAUAUAUUUACAAAUUUUAUGGAAACAA